AUGUGUUGGAUGCAGUGUUUGUUGUUAGGGGUUGUGUUUGGUGUUGUGCAAGCGAAGCCUAAAUUAGCAGUAUUCCAACCGGGAUACGAUAAUUACUACGUAAGAGAAGAUCAGCCAAGAUAUGCUUUUAAUUAUGGAGUCGCCGAUCCUCAUACUGGGGAUGUUAAAUCACAACAUGAAACUAGAGAGGGUGAUGUAGUUAAAGGUCAGUACUCCUUAGUUGAGCCAGACGGUUCCGUCCGCACCGUGGAUUACACGGCAGACCCGGUCCGUGGGUUCAACGCCGUGGUAUCAAAGACUGGGCCGAGCGUCCACUCUGCGCCACCUCCGACGCCAGCGCCACAACCCAAACCGAUCAUACAAUACGUACCGAAGCCGAUACCGGUGCCAAAACCGAUACCAGUACCAGUAGAAUUACCUAGGCAAUACUUCACACAGCCCUAUAUUGGACCGGACCCUUUCCUGUUCCCUAACGCUGGUCCUGGGCUUCCCGAAUAUGAUGGUUUUGACGUUGACGCUGCAUAUCCAUCGCCGCCUGGCGCAUUUUUCUAG